UUUUUUUUUUACUUUUCAGGAUCUCGGUUGAUUCAGUUUCGCCUUCGGCUUUUUUUGUUGGCCCGCGUCAUUUAGGGUUUAGUGAGCCUUGACCUAGGUGAUAUUUAGAUACGAUGACGGCGGGGCGAUCUUCGUUUGUGAAGAACGCUGAGCUAAGGCAUGUCUCAUCCGGUGGUCUGGUGGACUUUCCUCCCGUUGUUUCCUACGAUUCUCAGUACAUUUUAAUAGGCUCAAGCAGUGGACCGAUUUUUCUCUUCGCAUCAAAAACCGGAGCGUGUCUCGGUAACCUGACGUCCCAUGAUCGCUUGGUUGGUUUCGAUGUGCUGAAGAAUGUGCUUGAGCACAGAGUUGUCGGCGUUUAUGUUGCGAGAAAAUGCGCGGAUGGCCUUGAUAAUCAGGAGUCAUGCGUAGUCCGAAUUUGGGACUACACUCGAGGCAAAAUAGUGGACGAGAGGCUGAUCGCUCUUCCCACAGCACCAGGCAACGUCCGGUUGGGGUUCGUUUUUCCGGGUCAGCCGCAACCUCAGGUUUUCGCAGGGGUCGUGUCAGUGUCAGCUCGCUCUGGAAUGUCAACGACGAAGUGCUGCUUGUGGAAGCUGAUGGAUAUAGAAGGAUGCAAUGAAUUAAUCCCUGCAUAUGACGCCAUGUGUGAAGUGAUGAAAGUGACUGCAGAUGCGAGAGCAGUGGCGGCGAGCGUAGCGUGUGGUUUCAUCGCUGGGGUCACUCAGGAUACGUUGACUGUUGUGCGCGUGCCAGCGAGAUCACGCGAUUCAGUGACGAAGUUGCCCAGCAGAGGCAUUGCAUUCACUGCUGUCGCGACCCAUCCGUUCCAAGAGAUCGUCGUCCUGAGUGAUGCUCUGGGCAGAAUCGUUGUAAUUAACGACGUGUUCAAAUCUCAAGUGCGGAGUAUUUAUCAUUGGCAUCACUUGCCGUUGUACUGCUCCCGCUUUUCGAGUUCAGGGGCAUAUAUCAACUCUGGUGGAGCAGAGCGAGUUUUGGUCCGCCAUGCGAUCGAGGACAAGAAGCGAGAUUAUUUAUCUUGGCUCGACGCACCAAUCGUGCAAUUGGCUUUCUCUCCCGAUGAUACUUUUUGUAUUACCGCCCAUGAUGAUAACAGCAUCAGAUUGAUAUCAGCCAACAAUAAUGUCCAAGCGAUGAUCAGAGGAUUCGCUAUCAAUGUGAAGAAAGCGAAGAAGGAUGAUGAUUCGUCAUGCAAGGAAUCCAGCUAUCCAGUUGGACUAGUUGUGGACCCUCGUUCCAAUUGUUUGGUGACAAAUGGAGUUGUUGGCCAUGCCCAGUUUCUCCGCGUUGAUCCUUUCCGUGUGAUGGACAGAGUAGACAUUGUGCAGCAGAACACGGUGGAAGAACUGGAGGUUCAAGUUGCAGUUACGGACGUGGAGUCCAUCCGGUUUUCUGAUUCAGGAAACUUGAUGGUCACCGCAGAAAGAUUGCGUGAUGGAAUCCACGCCACUGAAUUGCGCCUCAAACUUUGGUCGUGGUCCAACUCUGAAUCCAAGUACUGCUUGGACGUGGUGCUGGAGAUGCAAGACGCGGAAAAGCUUCUUGGAAUGGAAUUCCAACCGGAAGCGUUCAGCCAAAAUGGAAUGCUUGCUGUGUUGACGGAUGACAAGCGGUUGAGGAUUUUCAUUGAGGAAAAAAUGACCAUCACGAAUGCCGAAGAAUCCUGGAGGUGUCUUGAAAUGGAGCGUUUUUCCUGCCAAGAGCCAACGUGCAUGGCAUUCUCUUUCGAUGGAUCUGUCUUAGCUGUCGGGUUUGAAGACAUGGUAAAAUUGUGGAAUCCGUAUCCUCUGCUUUCGCGGUGUAAAAUCCAGUGGCCUGCCACAUUUUUGGGUGAAAAAGAUCCCAUCAGAGAAGUAAAAUUCGGAAGAUUCGGUAGCCAGCAUCUGUUGUUGGCAGCGUCAAGCACUGUGGUACUCUGUUGGUCGUUAUUGGAUAUGAGACCGGUUUGGUGCAUCAGAAUGCCUGUUCUAAAGCUGAUUUCUGAUCCUGCCUCUCAGUUUUUUGCCGUGAUUACCCGCAACAACACGCUGCAUUUGUUCCAGCCGGAGAAACCGUGUGAUAAACGUACCUACCGUUUCGAAUUGCCCGCAAGUUUCGACGGCGAGUUGUCUCAAGUGUUGGCAGCUGCAUUCUUCCCGAAAAAUUGCCGAGUUAAUUACGAUUGUCAAGGCAUGAGGCACAUGCCACCGUCACGCAUUAUUCUCUUAUCGUCGAGUGCGGAGUUGUAUACUGCAGAUCUGACGAAGAAUCGAGAAGAUGGCGUGGAAGAAGAAAGAUUGAAAAUGGUGAAUUUGGUGCAGGAAAUGGAGUUGAUGACGCCGUUCGCGAAAUUCGUUGCCCCACUGAGGUCCGUAAAUGAGGAAGGAACGAAUGAAGAAGAAUCGGAAGAGAUGCAAGGAGGAAAUGGGUCCAGUAGUGAUGGAUCUUUCGGUGGGAAGAACGUUCGCGAUUUCUUGAACAAGUUCCUGCUGCUGUCGAGUCAGAGUCUUCCGGGGAUGUCACUGAUUUUUGACGGUUUCGUCACCUCAGUCUUGUCCGAUGCUCACGCAAGACAGAAAAAAGAAAAUGAUGAGAACGAGAGGAAGAGGAGAAAGAAGAAAAAGAUGAAGGACGAGGAGGAUGUUGUUGUUUCCCUGCCAUUAGACAAAUACGAGCAACCAGUGGAAAUGGAGACUGAUGCCGCGUUGUCGGUAGAUUUGAUGCGAGGAGAAGUGGUUGACUCGCAAAUCCCGUCGGGUGACGCUCCGGACGACGAUGAAGAAGAAGAAGACGCCUCCUUGUUUGAUGCCGAUUCGAAAAUCAAAUUGAAUUUCUCUUUUUGGUCUCAAUUCCAGGACGAUGAUGCGGCAUUAUUGCAAGCGUCUGACGAGAAAUAAAACACCGCGUUGGUAAAAAAAAAAUAA